AUGGCAGACUUCGACGCACCCUCUGGCCCUCCGCCUCCCAAGGUCCCCGAGGGCUGGGUCGCCCGCUGGAACGACCAGUACAAGGAGUGGUUCUACGUCAACACAUUUACCAAGAAGUCACAAUGGGAGAAGCCCACAGCCCCUGCCGUCAAUCCCAAUGACGACUCACCAGCUGGCCCGCCUCCGGGCUACACACCGGGUGGCGGCCCCACGCCCUCGGAUGCAAAGACCAACCCGUUCCAUGCAAACGACGCCUCGAGAGGCAAUGGCGGUCCGUCGCAUAGCGAGAGCGAAGAUGAGGCCCUGGCGCGCAGACUCCAGGAGGAGGAGAAUGCUCGCGCCGGCGGUAGCGGUGCUGCCGCAUCGUACUUGAAUGCUGCGCCGACCCCACCACAGAGCCACUCGCCAUAUCCGGAACAGCUUCCGCCGCGGCCGGGCGAUGUCAGAGGCAGCGGCAGCGGCAGCGGUGGCGACAAGGCCAAGGGCUUCCUAGGCAAGCUGUUUGGAAGCGGCAAGAACAAGUACUCUGGAGGCGGUGGCAGCUCUUACGGCGGAUAUCCUCAGCAGCAGCAGCAAUAUGGCGGCUAUGGCGGUCCGCCCCAGCAGGGUUACUACAAUGGCCCUCCUCAGCAGCAGGGCUACUAUCCUCAGCAACAACAGGGUGGCUACUACGGCGGCCCACAGCAAGGCUACGGAGGCUAUCCCCAGCAGGGUGGCUAUGGUGGUUACCAGCAGCGUCCGCAGAAGAGCAGCGGCGGAGGUAUGGGCAUGGCCGGUGGCGCUGCCCUAGGUCUUGGUGCCGGUGUGCUCGGCGGAGCCCUCAUUGCACACGAGAUUGAUGAAGCGCAGGAAGACGCAUAUCAAGAUGGCUAUAAUGAUGGUCAGGACGGUGAUGAUUUUGGAGGUGGUGACGACUUUGGAGGCGACUUUUAA